AUGCUGCUAAAAAUACAACCAAAUAACCAAUUCUGUUCUUCUUCCUUCUUCUUUGUCUUCUUCCUCUUUUUCUUUGCUUCCUCCUCUUUUUCAUCUUCCUUGUCUUUUUCUUUUCUUCCUCCUCUUUUUCAUCUUCCUCCUCUUCUUCUUUGUCUUCUUCCUCUUUUUCAUCUUCCUCCUCUUUUUCUUUGCUUCCUCCUCUUUUUCAUCUUCCUUCUCUUCUUCUUUUUCAUCUUCCUCCUCUUUUUCAUCUACCUCCUCUUUUUCUUUUCUUCCUCCUUUUCUUCUUUGUCUUCUUCCUCUUUUUCAUCUUCCUCCUCCUCUUUUUCAACUUCCUCUUCUUUUUCAUCUUCCUCCUCUUUUUCUUUUCUUCCUUCUCUUUUUCUUUGGCUUCUUCCUCCUUUUCAUCUUCCACCUAUUUUUCUUUUCUUCCUCCUUUUCUUCUUUGUCUUCUUCCUCUUUUUCAUCUUCCUCCUCCUCUUUUUCAUCUUCCUCCUCUUUUUCAUCUCCUCUUUUUCUUUUCUUCCUCCUCUUUUUCAUUUCUUCCUCCUCUUUUUCUUUUCUUCCUCCUCUUUUUCUUUUCUUCCUCCUCUUUUUCUUUUCUUCCUCCUCUUUUUCUUUGUCUUCUUCCUCUUUUUCAUCUUCCUCCCCUUUUUCUUUUCUUUCUCCUCUUUUUCUUUGCUUCCUCCUCCUCUUCUUUGUCUUCUUCCUCUUUUUCUUUUCUUCCUCCUCUUCUUCAUCUUCUUGCCAUAUAACCUGAACCUAUAA